AUGCUGCAGCAAUCCAGGAUCGAUAUGAUUUUUAAGUCGUUGCGCGACAUUGUUGUUAUUGGCGACAACGAUAUGGUAAUUGUGGACAUGAACCGUGCAGCCUGCGACUUCUUCGGCUGGAAGGUUGGGGAGGUUCAGGGCAAGAGCAUCACGUUUCUCAUCCCCAACCACCCCCUGGACGUGCAGGACAACACCGUCACGCUCAUCGCCCGCCUGCGGAACUCUGUUGAUAUUCCCGUCGUCAUUCAAUCGACACGCGAUCCACACGCCACGAUGGUCGGGUGGACCAUUCUCCCCAUCAUCCUGCCGCGCGUGUUCGACUUCGGCGUGCACAUGAACCUCCGCGCCGCCCUGACCCCGAAGCUCUCAGUGGAUGACUUGGACUUUGCCGGCCGCCGUGUCUUCGUCCGUGUGGAUUUCAACGUUCCCUUUGACAAGGCGACGAAGGCAAUACGCGACGACAGCCGAAUCCGCGCGGCCAUCCCAACCAUCACAAAAAUCGUACGUGACGGUGGGCGUGUGAUUGUUGGCUCACACCUUGGCCGUCCAAAGAAGCCAAGUGAACAUCUUUCUCUGAAGCGCAUUCUGUCCCGUUUCGAGGAGCUGCUGGGACAGAAGGUGGUGUUCUGCCCCACGUUGGAAGAAGCACCCGCUCUUGUGGAGAAAUUGAAGAAUGGCAGGGUAAUGAUGCUGGAGAACCUGCGCUUCUUUCCAGGCGAGGAUGCGACGAGUACUGCAGCGCGAAACCGGAUGGCGUUGAAGUUGGCGUCUUUUAGCGAUAUUUACGUCUGUGACGCGUUUGGUACAGUGCAUCGAAUGACGGCAAGCAUGACGGGUCUCCCACGUGUUCUGGGUGCCGGUGUAACCGGAUACCUGAUUGAUCGUGAGAUCAAAGCGAUCAAUAUGGUCAUGCGCAACCCGACCCAACCCGUACUCUGUAUUGUGGGUGGGGCUAAGGUAUCCGAUAAGAUUAAUGUGCUUUCUAGCAUAAUGAAGUUUGCCCAGACAAUCAUUAUCGGUGGCGCCAUGGCUUACACCUUUCUCGAGGCACGGGGCCACUCGUGUGGCAAAUCCAAGGUGGAGCGCACCGCGAGGGAUAAGGGGCGCGACUUGGACCUUCACGCCAUUGCGCGGGAGUUGAUGGACCUUGCGAAGGCAAGGAGGGUGCAAAUGAUCCUUCCUGUCGACCAUAACUGCGCUAAGUCAUUCGCAAAUGAGGAACCUUUCAUUACAGGUGGGGCUGAUAUACCAGAUGUUUACAUGGCUCUGGACUUUGGCCCUAAGACAAAUGAGAUAUGCUCUAAGGCUGUUGCAGAUGCCCGGACGCUCAUUUGGAACGGUCCUGUUGGGGUAUUUGAGUUCCCCAAUUUUGCGACAGGAACAACAGCCAUUGCUGAGGCGAUACGGCAGAACAAACAACUCGUUUCAAUUGUUGGUGGUGGUGAGACAGCAGCUGCCACACAACGCUAUCAGGAAAGCAUUACACAUACCAGCACAGGUGGUGGGGCGUUUCUGGAGCUUCUUGAAGGCAAAGCUCUCCCGGGUCUCAUUUGCCUCACGGCUCAGGCUGCACCGAAGUUAUAG